AUGGAAAGCAGUUUAUGGAGAGAAUGCUCAGAAGGCUUCAUGAAGUUACUCAGCGGCAGCCUGUGGAUUUGGACUAUUUACGUUAUAAGUCAUGAAAUGGAACUUGUACACUCUUUUGCUCAUUUUGUUACACUGCUACAAGAUGUUAUUUAUGCCUUAUCUGAUCUUUUGAGACUAAUUAAUUUGCAAGGGGUAGGGAAACCUACCGUUUCCGUCUUUUGGAGGUUAUCCACACUGUUAGUGGGCAGCCUAAACUUGUUAUAUCAAAAGACAAUCUGCAAGCCCUCAUCAGCAUGAAACUGUCAAUCCCCUGCAUAGCUAAGCUCCUGGGUGUCUGCAAAAGAAUGGUGUUUCAAAGGAUACAAGAAUAUGGACUCUCAGUAAAAGCACCGUAUAGCAGUCUCACAGACGAGGAGCUGGAUGAGCUUGUUCGUUCAGUUAAAUCGAGAUUGCCACAUAUGAUGAUGGGGGAACUGCAAGCAAUGGGACACCGUUUGAGAUGGGAGCAGGUUUUAGCAUCUAUGCACAGGGUGGAUUCUGCAGGGAUCCUGGAAAGAAUGGCACAUUUAGGCUGUGUUGCUAGAAGAGUAUACUCUGUCAAAGCUCCCCACUCACUGGUCCAUGUGGAUACAAACCACAAACUUAUCAGAUAUGGAAUCGUUAUCUUUGCUGGGAUUGAUGGUUAUUCAAGAAAGAUAGUGUACCUGGGGGCAGCAAAUAACAACAAAGCAUCGGCUGCAAUCUCCUUCUUCAUGAGUUCUGUUGAAAAAUAUGGCUUUCCAUCAAGAGUCAGAGGAGACCAAGGAGUUGAAAAUGUUGCAUGUUCAUUGUUCGUGGCUGUGGCUGUGUUCGCAAGCUCCAUCUCUGGUAAAAGCGUGCACAAUCAAAGGGUUGAGCGCUUGUGGCGUGAUGUCUGAAUGGCCGUAACAAAUGUUUAUUUCGAGCUGCUUCACAGCCUUGAAGAAGACCGCCUACUACAUUCUUCAAACAGUCUGCACUUAUUCUUUGCCCAGUUUGUUUUUGUGGAACACCUUCAGAAAGACCUUGACACCUUUUCUGAUAAUCAUCCACUGCGCACAGAACAAAACCUGACUCCCAACCAGCUUUGGACCAUAGGACUUCUUCAGAACCCAGUGGUUCCUCCAGAGAAUGUACAGGACAUUCAAGAACAUGCAAUCUUGGACCUUGACUGCCUGAGAGCAGAGUGUGCUGGUGGAGUGAUCCUGCCACCAAUCCAGUGCCCUUUGGGCCCACAGGCAAGACUGAGGGCGGCCAUUAAUCCUCUAACAUCUUCCCUCGACAGUGGAAGGGAC